GCUUGUGACUUCAGCAGUGGUCUCCGCACGAGGGUCGCGGUCCGGCGCGGAUGCAUUUGUCCUAGGGAGUACUGGAGGCUCGGGGUCAAGGCGUAUAGCCUGGGGCUUCCAAUGGGUUUGAUUCUCUGUGGACUCGGGACCAUGCUUUAAAAUUGUAUGCUGAAUUUCAAGGCACAGAUUUAGAAGCUAGAGUUUAAGAGGGAAAAAAAAAAGCAUCCCUUGGGUGCCUGGAGUUCCAUCCAAUUGCUCUGAGAGACCUGGUGCCCAGCACUGCGAGGAGUAAGCCCCUUGCUUGGUUGCUGCUUCCCACAGAUGCUCUGAGCAGGGAUGGAAGCCUAGAUGCCUCACCGCAAGGAGCGGCCGAGCGGGUCCUCGCUUCACGCCCACGGCACCGCGGAAGGAGGAAAUAUGUCCCGGCUGUCUCUCACCCGGUCGCCUGUGUCUCCCCUGGCUGCCCAGGGAAUCCCACUGCCAGCUCAGCUCACCAAGUCCAAUGCACCUGUGCACAUCGACGUGGGCGGCCAUAUGUACACCAGCAGCCUGGCCACCCUCACCAAGUACCCCGACUCGAGAAUAAGCCGCCUCUUCAACGGCACUGAACCUAUCGUCCUGGACAGUCUCAAGCAACAUUAUUUCAUCGACCGCGAUGGCGAAAUUUUCCGCUACAUCCUGAGCUUCCUGCGGACGUCAAAACUGCUGCUCCCAGAUGACUUCAAGGACUUCAGCCUGCUGUACGAGGAGGCCCGUUACUACCAGCUGCAGCCCAUGGUGCGGGAGCUGGAGCGCUGGCAGCAAGAGCAGGAGCAGCGCCGUCGCAGCCGGGCCUGCGACUGCCUGGUGGUGCGGGUCACCCCCGACCUGGGCGAGCGCAUCGCGCUCAGUGGUGAGAAAGCUCUCAUUGAGGAGGUCUUCCCUGAGACCGGGGACGUUAUGUGUAACUCUGUCAACGCCGGCUGGAACCAGGACCCCACGCACGUCAUCCGCUUCCCGCUCAACGGCUACUGCCGGCUCAACUCAGUGCAGGUCCUGGAGAGGCUGUUCCAGAGGGGUUUCGGCGUGGCCGCAUCGUGCGGGGGUGGCGUGGACUCCUCUCAGUUCAGCGAGUAUGUGCUUUGCCGGGAGGAGCGGCGACCGCAGCCCACCCCAACCGCCGUCCGGAUAAAGCAGGAGCCCCUGGACUAGGCCCUGCCGCGGUACCCACCUGAGGCCCUUCACCCCUGGGUUCGCGCCCCCACACACACACCAGGAACCUGGAAAUAGUGCUGAGGCGUCCCAUCUGUGCGUGCUUAGCAGUUAGGCACCUGACUGGAUGUGGGGCAGGAGGGUCCAAAGCUGGGCCAGGGAGCACCAGGUGUCAUGGCAACAGAACAGGGGAUGCUGGGGGCAUGCCCGCUGAAGGACCAGUGAUGUGACCCAGAGAUGCUGCAACGCUGCCCCCGACUUUCCAGCUCUUUGGCUCCCUGGCCGCGCCCAGUGCGGCGUCCUCCACGGGGGGCUCUUGUCCUUCUCCUCAUGUGGAAGACUCUGGCAGGUCUCCUUGCAUCCGAGAUGGCUUAUUUUUCUACAGUAUUGAGGAUGGAAGAAACUGCCACUGUACAAGUCAGUGAGACCAGCAAGGAGCCUGCUACAUCGCCUGGUGCUCAGGUCUCCGGCGGACGUGCAGCCGGCCUCGUGGUAGAUGAGCUGCCGGUGCUCAGGCCCAGGUGCCCGCAGAGCUGGGGCUCUGGGGACAGCGAUGGUGGUGGCAGCGCUGCGGCAGAUGGAACGGGUCCCCAGGGAGCAGGGCAACUGGGGGGAUGGCUCUGUGACCUUUAUCUGAGACCUACGUGGCACCCAGGGCUCAGACUUCACUUGGUAUAUGACUCCCCACUGUCCAGGGGCUUCCAAUCCCAACCUCCUCGUGUGCUCACAUCUGGGCUUUUGGAGAAGUCUCCACCCAUCCAGCCAGCAUGGGGCCACAUCGUACCUCAGGAAUGGCCUCCCCCACCAAGGGACCCAUCUGUCAGCAGCAACCCGUCUGGGUCCCCAGCUCAGGGAGCCACCUCCAGCUCCACUUUUCCUACACUCAAAUGCACACUGGGUUUUAAUUAAAUUUAUUAAACUAGCCUGUCAAUAAGGCCCAGACCCAGGCUUAUCUAGUGCUCUUGACCCAAGACUCUCAUGAGGACUGGCCCUGGGGUUGGGGGUCGUCUGCUGCCCAGGACACGGGCUCCAACAUGGACACCCCUGGCCUUGUCACGUUUCCCCAUGUGUUGGCUUCUCCUAAAUGGGAAGACCGCAGAGAACUGGUGGGUGGGGCACCCUAGCCAGCACCCCCUUGUGUAUAAUGCCUGUAGACUUGUAUAUGACUCCUUUAAUAUUGUAAAGAUGCUGAUGUACAAUUGUCGUGUGUUUGUGUAAACACAUUGCGUUCCCAGUUCAUGUCAUAAAGGACACUGUAAAGCAAAA